UACGUCAACAUCACCUGUAGCGUAUUCAUUACGCCGAUUCUGUUGGAAAAUGUUUUUUAACAGAAGCAAACUAAACGAAACGUGGAGGGACUUACCAAAAACGGUCGUCUUGUUAUGUUUGCUUCCGUUUGGUUCUUAAACGCUAAACCAUAGACAGUACUCUGUAAGUAAACGGUUUCCGUAAUGAAUAUGCCCCUGCUCGACAGCAAUCAGCGCGGGCACCUUCACCAAAGCAUCGAAUCACAGAGUUUCUAAACCCAGAGGCGCAACAUUACGAGACUUCCGGGAAUGCUGGCUAAACAGACGAGACGGGAAGUCAAGUGAACAAUUAUUAUUUAGUUUUUAAUUUUCUCUAAAUCUAAAGGCACAACUUAGAUUCGAGCCAAUGUUUUAAGUAGUCGAACAUGGUAUUACCCCAAUCUUGUGAAAGUAACAAACGGACACGUUUUCAUUUUCGUCAAAAACUACUUGAUAUCGAAAGAUUUCCGUUGAUUUGACGGCCUGYACAUGCGGAGUUCGGUGCUAGACGACCGUUAGUCCCGAUUACAUGUUGAUACGCAUGAGCCUUGCUAUCCAACGUCGCCAUGACAUCGCCUACAAGUGUGAUCGGGGAAUUMUAUUGGAGAAGCAGUUUUAGCCUGYCUUCAUACUGUACCGUCUUUGAUCAAAUUAAUUGUCCGGCAAAAGCAUAACGUAGCUAGCUGGCUAGCUAAAAUGUAUCUCUCUAAAUUAUUACGUUGUUAAUUAUGUGAGUAAUCAAAUGUUUGCAAUUGGCUAUACUUUGCGAUAAAAUAACCAAUAGCUGAAUGACGUCGAUAACUGAUCUAUUUAGCUAGCUAGGCUAGCUUGGUAUUGGUAACAUUUGUCAUGUACAGCUAAUCAGUUUGUUGGAGAAAGAAAAUGAUAUCUAUCCAAUAGUAUAAUCUACGAUGACGAGAAGAUUGUAGUGUGGAAACCAUGAAAAGAUCUAGAAGUGUUGGUGCGUCUUCACCUUUGAAUGGGAUUGGGAAACAAGCUAUCUCAGGAGGAUGUUCUGGCUAAUGGCCACUGUGCUACUGUAACUGCUGUGAGUUGAGACCUCACCUGAACCGUUGUCAUGUGGUAAGAUGGGGACUCCCGGAGGAAGAGGAAGUUGGCGGAGAUCUCUCAGGCCCUGAACGUGACGCCAGUUGACGUGGCAGUGCUGAGGAGGAUGGCCAUCAGCGAGGGGGGGCUGCUCACUGAUGAGAUCCGCUGUAAAGUGUGGCCACGGCUGCUCAACGUGCCCACCGACAUCCUGCCUGAGAAACCAGAGGAAGUAGAGCGGGAGAAUAAUAAGGACUAUAACCAGGUGCUKUUGGAUGUCCAGCGUUCCCUGCGAMGAUUCCCUCCUGGCAUGCCAGACGAGCAGCGUGAGGGCCUYCAGGAGGAGCUGAUUGACAUCAUCCUGCGGGUGCUGGGAAGGAACACUCAGCUGCACUACUACCAGGGCUACCAUGACAUCGUGGUCACCUUCCUGCUGGUGCUGGGCGAGCGGCUUGCUACUGCUCUGGUGGAGAAACUCUCCACGCACCACCUCAGGGACUUUAUGGACCCCACCAUGGACAACACUAAACACAUCCUUAACUAUCUGAUGCCAAUCAUCGAGAGGGUCAAUCCAGAGGUGCAUGACUUCAUGCAGCAGGCGGAGGUGGGCACCAUCUUUGCCCUUAGCUGGCUCAUCACCUGGUUUGGCCAUGUCCUGUCAGAUUUCCGACACGUCGUGCGGUUGUAUGACUUCUUCCUGGCCUGCCAUCCCCUGAUGCCAAUCUACUUUGCUGCUGUGAUUGUGCAGUACCGGGAGGAUGAGGUGUUGGACUGUGAGUGUGACAUGGCAUCGGUGCACCACCUCCUGUCCCAGAUCCCCCARGACCUGCCCUACGAGACGCUCAUCAGCCGCGCAGGAGACCUCUUUGUCCAGUUCCCCCCCUCCGAGCUGGCCAGGGAGGCUGCCCAGCAGUACAGUCAACAGAUGGCGCCCUCCACCUUUAAAGACUUUGAUCUGACCCCGGAGCAGCAGAGGCCGGACACGGUGCUGCGGAGGCGGCGGAGAGAGAAGCAAGCGCUGAAGGGAGCUGCUGCAGGUGCUAUGGUGGCGACCGCCCAACCCACCGCGGCUCGGCGCUUCGUCCGACUAGCYGUCAUGGGGCUCACUGUGGCCCUGGGGGCAGCCGCCCUAACCCUGGUCAACACGGCCCUAGAGUGGGUGCCCAAACUGGACCUACACCUCUUCCCCUGAGAGAGAGAGAGAGAGAAGGGGACUUGUAGGCGAGCGAAGGGGACUUGUAGGCGAGCGAAGGGGACUUGUAGGCGAGCGAAGGGGACUUGUAGGCGAGCGAAGGGGACUUGUAGGCGAGCGAAGGGGACUUGUAGGCGAGCGAAGGGGACUUGUAGGCGAGCGAAGGGGACUUGUAGGCGAGCGAAGGGGACUUGUAGGCGAGCGAAGGGGACUUGUAGGCGAGCGAAGGGGACUGACGGCCAUUACAGCAGAAGACAUCCACGGGAAGGAGAGAGAAUAGAGAUCUUUGUAAAGAGAAUAUGGAGUUCUUUUCCACAUUUUAAUAUGAAGGACGUGAAUGGGACAGAGACUUGACUGUCGACGUUGUAUUUAAUUUAUAUUUGUUAAUAAAAUAACCGAAUGGUGAUAAAUGUUGUGCUGAGAGAGAUUAAACUAUUAGCAGUGAUGGCAAGCGACAACUUGUAGCAAAGACAGGUUUCCUAGGUUGAAGAGUUGUCACCGGGGUCGAAACUGCUGCCAAUGAAGAGCGUGUGUAAGAGUGUGGAUGUGUCUGAAAUGGCUCCCUAUGUAGUGCACUGUAUAGGGAAUAGGGUUUCAUUUUAGACAGUCUGCGAUCAGGUUCAGGGGUGAGUUAAAUGUCCCUCUGAACCUCACAUGGGCCAUGUUGGCACAAGGACAGAGAUCCCGCUAGCCCGCCACUGGUAUGGUACCCCCCCGGCAGAUCAUCAAGUUGAAUCCUCUGCCUUCAACACAUCAUGUCCCGCUUCCUUUCAUUCUGUACCGAGACCAAAUACACAUGUCUUAGUCCCGUCUUUGUAUGUAUAGCACUUAAUUUUCUAAAGCAUCAUUAUUAUUGUUAAGUAAGUUAUAGGAAAUAUACAUUUUGUACAAACACACCCAUGUUUAACAUUAUAUCAAAUUAAAGGAAUCCAUUUGAGUCUUCUGACCUUAUGGAUGACAAUUUGCAAUAGUUACUUUCCACAGCAUGCCUAAAUUAGGUUAGGUUUGGAAUGGGUUAGCUUUGUGAUCUGUGACAAAGCACCGAUAGCACUCCCAGACAUCCCAUGAGCCUUGGCUUGAUCCCAUGCUUUUAUUGCACAAUAUUGAUGUCCUAUUACAUUGUUUGCACACCCUAUCCUCACAUUUCAACCAAACUCACCAAAUGGCCUGGUCGUAGAAAUGACAAGUUUUUUUGCACAUUUAAUUUUAAGAAAUGUUGCUUGAGCUUAUUGACUACAGUUGACAUGAUUUGAAUGUGUCGCAUUGGACCUACUAAAAUUUGUUCAACAGAGAUACAUGAGUAGAAUCAUGUGUAGUCGACUCGAUUGUGACACGCAGAUACUCAGCGGUGCCUAUUGACUCCCAUCGGUGUUAGCCAUGGAUGGUUUUCAUUGCACUGAAAUAGCCUCAUUCUGUAUCAUUGCAAUGGUUUUUAUCAGCCUUUUAUGUUGAAUUGUUAUAUUUGUCAUGAGAAUAAAAAAUAUAUUAAAAAAAGAUCAAUGCAAACUGCAUAGGUUGAGUG